AUGGAUCACCUCGACGAUUUGCAGGAAACCUUUGAGACCCUCAGGACAUACCAAAUGAGACUCAAUCCAAAGAAGUGCAUAUUCGGGGUAUCCUCUGGCAAGUUCCUUGGCUUCUUGAUUGAUGAAAGGGGAAUUGAGGCAAAUCUGGACAAGGUACAGGCCGUCAUUAAUAUGACGUCGCCGAGGACGGUCAAAGAUGUGCAACGCCUAACUGGAUGUCUUGCCGCCUUGAGACGAUUUUUAUCUAGAGCCGGAGACAAGUGUCAUUACUUUUUCAGUACCAUCAGAAAGGGGACCCAGUUUGAAUGGAUGCCCCCCCUCUCAGGAGAAGUUUUGUAUCUGUACCUUGUCAUCUCAGAGUACGCACUAAGUGCCGUCUUGCUUACAGAAAGGGAUGGGACGCAACUACCUGUCUACUUUGUCAGCCACAUGUUGCAGAAUGCCGAACUCAAAUAUCCAACUGUUGAAAAAUUCGGCUUCGCUCUGUUCUUGGCUAGUAAGAAUCUUCGUCCAUACUUCCUGGCUCAUCGGCUGAUAGUGUACACAGAUCAACCUCUAAAGCGACCAUUUACCAAUCUGGAGGCGUCCGGAAGAAUGCUCAACUGGGCAAUUGAGCUUAAUGCCUUUGAUAUUUCGUAUGAGCCGCGGAAGGCAAUAAAGGGACAGGCAUUUGCUGACUUCAUUGCGGAGCUGACCAAGCCACCCUAUUUGAAGAAUGAAAAAACCCAGUGGAUAGUUCACGUGGACGGCUCUGCCACCCAAAAUGGGUCGGGAGCCGGCGUUAUCUGCGAAUCACCAGAAGGGGAUGUCUAUGAAUAUGCAAUGCGUUUUAACUUUCAGGCGUCAAACAACGAAGCUGAAUACGAAGCCUUGAUAUGCGGAAUUCAGAUGAGCAAAGCAGCAGGGGCGGCAGACGUCCUGGUUUUAUCUGACUCACAGUUAAUCGUCAGUCAAGUAAAAGGAGAAUAUGAGGCCAAGGAUGACGCCAUGAUAAAAUAUCUGGAAAAAUUCCGCCAGGAAGUUCAGCAGCUGUCUAACUUUGAGAUACAACAUAUACCCCAGUCUGAAAACAACAAAGCAGACGCUCUGUCCAAACUAGCAAGCUCAGCGUCUUGCGAUACGCCACGAGGGAGGGCCCUGGCAGAAAAAGCCCUAAGAACUGGAUACUAUUGGCCCACUCUCAAAGAAGACGCUCUUGACUUGGUUAAGCGGUGUGAUAAAUGUCAACGAUUUGCUCAUCUAAUUCGACGGCCAGCACAGAGACUGACACCAAUCACCAGCCCUAUACCAUUUGCCAAAUGGGGGAUGGACUUAUUAGGUCCCUAUACAACGGCACCAGGUGGAUUGCGUUAUGUGAUAGUUGCCGUCGACUAUUUCACCAAAUGGGUAGAAGCUGAAGCUUUGAAAAACACUAAGGCUCAAGAUGCGACCCUGGAUUUCUUGCCAGAAACAAGAGGUCUGCGACAGCAGCUAUACAAACUCCGAAUGACGAGGGAGUACAACAAAAGGGUCUCUAGAAGAAUAUUAAAAGUCGGAGAUUUUGUGCUUAGAAAGAUGGAAGCCGUUGGACGCGCCAAUGAGCAAGGGAAACUCACUCCUACUUGGGAAGGUCCAUAUGAGAUUUAG